CUCGUUCAUACCAGGCAGACAUUUAACUUCACGGUAUUUCCCUCUUUUUGCGGCUACAAAAUGCUCAAAUCGACGUAUACGCCGCCUCCUCCGUUACCGCCAGGAUGGACUGAACACAGAGCUCCCUCAGGCCAUCUGUAUUACUACAAUUCACAAACCAAACAGUCAACCUAUACACGACCACAAGCGCCUACUCCUCCCCCUCAACCAGUCACAGACGCUGCUCAAACUAACUCAUUCUAUUCACCCGAAACACUACCUCCUUUCUCUUCAGCGCCAUAUGGUCCUACGGGGUUUGGACCUGUGAAUAAUAAAUUUCCUGGGAGUAGUAGAGGAUUCCGCGGGGGAAAGGGUUACCAAGACCGCAGACGCCGGGAACCUGAAGAUCGACCGAAAACAAAACACCCGAUACCUGGCUGUGGGCCGUGGGUCCUCGUGAAAACCAAGCUCGGAAGAAGAUUUGUUCAUAACCCGGACACAAAUGAAAGCUUUUGGAAGUUUCCUCAGGAGGUAUUGAAGGGUGUUGUGGAAUAUGACCGCCUGGAAAGAGAAAAACGCGAGAGAAAGGAGCGCGGCGAGGAAAGUGUAGAGCCGGAGACACCUGAGGUGAAAGGAAAAGAAAUUACUACGGCUGAACAUCCACAUCCCGAGGAUGCGGGUACUGGUGCUGCUACGGGAGAAUUGAGUGACGAGUAUGAAGAAGUUGAAGUCACAGACGAUGAAGAAGAAGACGAGGACCAACCAUCGAAACGGCCAAGAACGGAAAGUGAAGGCGAUAAGCCUAUUGAAUUUACGGAAGAGGAUAUUGAGUAUCAACUUGCUGCAAUGGGUGAAGACUAUGGUCUCGAUCCCGGUGAAUAUGGUGAUCCAGGCGAAGAGGGCUGGGAAGAGGGUGCAGAAGGCCUACCUUUGACGGACGAAGAUGCGACUGCUCUUUUCCGUGAUUUACUUGACGAUUUUCACAUCAAUCCAUACGCCAUGUGGGAAAAGAUAAUCGAGGAAGGCCGCAUAAUAGAAGACACCAGAUACACCGUGCUACCAACCAUGAAAGCAAGACGGGAAGUGUGGUCUAACUGGAGUCGCGACCGGAUCCAAGAACUUAAGGAACGCAAGGAGAAACAAGAAAAGAGUGAUCCCCGUAUCAAAUACCUAUCUUUUCUUCAGGAACAUGCUACUCCGAAACUCUACUGGCCAGAGUUUAAACGCAAGUACCGAAAGGCACCUGAGAUGAAGGAUACCCACCUUUCCGAUAAAGACCGUGAAAAGUUCUAUAGAGAACAUAUCUCUCGACUUAAACUCCCGGAAAGCACGAGGAAAUCAGAUCUUUCUGCUCUGCUCAAGUCCAUCCCAUUACAGGCAUUGAACCGCUCGUCUAAUAUUGAAGCAUUCCCUUCAACAAUCCUUACCGACAUCCGGUAUAUAUCUCUUCCUCCCAAAGUGCGUGAUCCCCUCAUCGAGGCGUACAUAUCUACUCUUCCUCCCGCUCCGGAGCAGGAGCAUAUCUCUGCGGAACAGCAAGAAGAGCUUGACAAGAAAAGGGCGGAGCGCAAGAAGCGUGAAAAAGCUCUUGCGGAACGCGAAAAGCGAGUUCAGGAGGACAAACGGAGACAACGAGGUGACCUCUUACGCAGCAAACAUCUCCUGAGGGAGGGUGAGGCAGAAGUAGAGGAAGCUAUGAGGAUCCGCAAGGACGGGAUUCGAAGUUACAUGGAAACAGAUGAUAGUCCUCGGGGAGAUGGGGAGGAGCAAUGAUACUGGAAUCAUAUGAGAUUACGCCGUGUUCUCCAAAGCCGCCCAAGAUGAGCUAUAUAGUACAUAAACGGAAAGGUGCAAAUAUAUCCAUCUAUUUACCCUUGAUGUUAACCAAAAUAUGACCUUAUUUCAUUAACAAGCUUCGAUCAAUGUCAGGUAUAGCAACAAAAUGUACGUCUCUUGUUGCAAGCGGUAUUAGAUUUGCAUAAACUGUGUAUUAACUCUGGUCUGUAAUUCAUUGAAAUAAGUUGUCCAUAAGAUUGUACUGUACAGCGAGUGUGUGGAGACAAAACCAACAGCAAUAUCAUGCAUCUCUCGUUAUUCAAUUUAUCAGGGUAUCAACAGAACGGGAAUCGCCGCCCGAAACUCAUAGGAAACGCCCAACUUUUAUUUCUCCUCAAAAUACUCUCUCAGGUAGCCCUGUUACCUGAAUCUCCAAUCGUCCCAGUCAUCAUCCUGAUCAUCAUCUUCACUCUCCUCAUCCUCGGCCGGUGCAGGUUGCUCGGUCUUCUCCGCAGUAGGUGGUGGCUCAGGUUUAUCCUCCCGGUCAUGUGCCUCUGGAUUCUCUGUCGCCCGCCUCUUCCUCAGCUCUUCACGUUUUUCUUUUAAUCGUCGUACUCGUUUUUCCAGCUGAUCCAUCUCAUCGAACUCGUCUUCUAGAAAACGGGCAGCAUCUUCACGUUCACCCUCAGCCUCAGUUUCACGAGACCGUGCCGCCGAUUCAUUUGCACCUUGUUGUUGUGCUGCAAGCUCUUCUGCAGAAAUAGGUGCGGCAGAUAUUGUAGCCGGCGCAGCAACGGCAGCAGGUGCGUGCGGAACACGAGUCGGUGCCGCCACUUCACGUUCAAAGGCCGCCCAUUCGUCUUCAUCUAUGGUUUGAGGUUGUGACGCUUCUACCGGCGCUGUUGAUACGGUUGGAGACCCCGCCUCAUCUUCAGUUGUUCUCUGUGCACCCUCUUCUGGUUCGGACGGGGGUUCUGGACCCGUGACUGCUUUCUCGGAGACCUCCAAGUCUUCCUCUUGUUCGGUUAUAAUUUGGGCACUUGGAGGUUUUAUAGCUGAUCGUUCUGCCUUUACAGCAGUGGGUCUCUGUCUUUUGCGCAUCAAGUCAUCAUCAUUGUCUACUUUGCGCUUCUUGGUGUAACGCGUCCCUGCCGAAGAUGAACCUUUGCGGGAAGCAAGCUCGUUUCGCAGCAACGAUCGAACGUCUGCCAUGGUAUGUUGGACAAUAUAAACUGUCGUCAGAGGUAAGGAAUAUGCAAGUCUACCGACUAUCAUGCAGCCCGUGCAGCCCGCAAAGAUGAGUAGAGUAGAGCAACA